AUGAAAGAAGAGGAGGGUAGUCUCCAGCAGGCUUUAGUGUGUUUUGAGAAGAGACUGGUGGUGGCCCAUGAGCUGGGCGGAUCAGGAGGCGGAGAGGGAGGAGGAGGUGGAGGAGGGGGGAAGGCCCAGGCCUAUUGGGAGCUGGGAGACCUACACAGCCAGCUGGGAAAUUAUGAGCAAGCCCUGUCCUGCCUGGAGCAUCAGCUCAACAUCGCCUGCACCUCAGGGAAUAAUGACCUCACAGCCAAGACACUGGCGUACGGCAGCCUGGGGAGGACACACCAUGCGCUACAGAACUACACACAGGCUGUCAUGUACCUGCAAGAAGGUCUGCGUCUAGCAGAGCAGUGUGGGAGGAGAGAGGAGGAGGCUAAGAUCCGUCACCGUCUGGGCCUGUCACUGUGGGCCAGCAGCAACCUGGAAGAGGCCCAGCACCAGCUGUACCGAGCGUCUGCGUUGUUUGAGUCGAUUCGUCACGAGGCCCAACUCAGCUCAGACUACAGACUGUCUCUGUUCGACCUGCAGACAUCAUCAUACCAGGCUCUCCAGAGGGUCCUCGUCAGCCUGGGUCAUUAUGACGAGGCCCUAGCAGUGGCAGAGCGGGGUCGGACCCGGGCGUUCGCUGACCUCCUGGUGGAGCGACAGCAAGGUCACCAACCCCUGACCUCUGACCCUUAUACCCCGACCCCUGACCCUUACUCCCCGGUCACCGUAGAACACAUCCUGGAUACGGUCAACAGUCAGAAGUCACUGGUGCUGUAUUUCUCUCUGGCUGCAGGGUACCUCUACAGCUGGCUACUGGCACCAGGCACAGGUAUAGUGAAGUUCCAUGAGGUGUACCUGGGUGAGGGAGGAGCCGAGCUGCAGGCCGCAGAGAUCCAGGGGGGAGGAGUUAGUGGCUGUCAGACUCUGGAGCAGCACAUCACUGCAGCUAGAGAGGCUCUGGGAGUUGACAACUACUACAGCAGGUGUGUGUGUAUCAGUGAGACGCGAGCAAUGCACAGGUGAUCUGUUAAACAACAGUUUGAGGAACGACUGACCUCAGCCAGCGACCCCACUGACUUCCUACACAGUCAGGUGUCCAGAAACAACGUCUUCAGCAGAAGUGGUCAGAGUUUGUCCAGUCUGGUCAGUUCUACAGUGUCUCCAGUGAGAGAGACCUCCUCUCUACUCUGUAGACCCGCCCCCCUCACCAAACCCCCCCUACGAGCCCUUCACCACCUGCUCAUUGCACCUAUGGAGGAGGUGCUGAUGCCUGGCAGUGGUGCAGUUGGCAGACACAGACAGUUGGUGUUGGUGUUAGAGGGAGAGCUGUACCUGGUUCCCUUCGCUCUGCUCAAAGGUAGCUCUUCUAAUGAGUACCUGUAUGAGAGGUUCAACCUUCUAGCUGUCCCAUCUAUAGGGAGCCUGGGGGCUGCAGCCAAGUCCCACCCUCGUCACAGAGCUCCUUUCCUCUACAGCGGUGGGGGUUCUAUGACCGCAGUAGUGGGGGCUCCACGCCUGCCCUCCAGGGUGAUGGAGCGUUGGCUGUGGGGGCCGCUGCCUUCUGCCCACGACGAGGCCCUCCGCCUGGGGGAACUGCUGGGUUGCCAGCCCCUCACUGGUACACAGGCCACCAAGGAGCGUGUGCUAGCAGCCAUGAGCCAGGCAGAGUGUGUUCACUUUGCUACUCAUGUCUCCUGGAAGCUGGCGGCCCUGGUUCUCUCCCCCAGCCAGGAUCCAGGGGUGGGCUCAGAAACACGGCCCAAGGAGAGUGCACCGUGUGGGGGAUCACUAUUACACGAGAGUGGGGAUGUGGGAGCAAGUACAGAGCUACUGGAGGAGAGGACUGAGGACAGAGGAAGUGUGUGUGACACAGAGAGUGUGUGUGACACAGAGAGUGUGUGUGACGCAGAGAGUGUGUGUGACAGUCCACCGCUACAGGACUUUCUGCUCACUGCGGCCGACAUACUGGACCUGAGACUGCCUGUGAAACUGGUGGUGCUGGGGUCGUACCAGGAGUGUGUCAGCAGAGUGACCUCAGACGGUGUGGUGGGUCUGUCCCGUGCCUUCCUGACAGCGGGGGUGCAGUGUGUGUGUGUGUCGCUGUGGCCCGUUCCCAUGGCAGCAUCCAAGGUGUUCACGCACAGCUUCUACACGGCACUGCUGAACGGGACCAAGGCCAGUGCAGCUCUCUCUGAGGCCAUGAAGACUCUACAGAGCAGCACACACUUCUCACACCCUUCUAACUGGCGAUGUGAUUUCUUUCCCUCCAUCCCUCAGGUUGAGAAGUCUCUCCAGCGUAUACAGAGUCAUCAGAGUAACGCUAUGUACACCUCGCAGCAGAGCGUGGAGAAUAAGGUUGGUGGGGUCCCGGGAUGGCAGGCCCUGCUGUCAGCUGUGGGGUUCCGGUUAGACUGUUCCGGUACCGGCAGUGGUCUCCCCGCUGCUGUCUUCUUCCCUACGGCUGACCCUGGAGAUCGGCUGCAGCUCUGCAGCACCACCCUGCAGUCACUACUAGGUCUGCCUCAUGCAGCCUUCCAGGCUCUCUGUAAACUGGUCACUGCUGCUGAGACUGGAGACCAGCUCAUCAACAAGGCUGUUAAAUAUAUGGUGGGAAUGCUUCACCAGGUAUUGUUUCAGCAGCAGUCAUGUGACAAGGAGCUGGAGUUCUCAUUGGCUCCCAUCCAGGUGUCCAUUAGUGUCCAGCUGUGGAGACUUCCUGGUUGUCAUGAGUUCCUGGCUGCGCUGGGUUUUGACCUGUGUGAGGCAGGACAGGAGGAGGUGCUAUUGAAGACUGGUAAACAGGCUAUCAGACGGACCAUGCACUUUGCUCUGCAGUCUCUACUAGCACUGUUUGACUCUACGGAGCUGCCCAAACGCCUCAGCCUGGACAGCUCUUCCUCUCUUGAGUCUCUCUCCUCCUCCCAGUGUGCCUCCCACUCCCUCCCCCUCAACCUUCCCCAGCCUCCCUUCUCCCCCCCACUUGGCGGCGCAGACGGUCUCUCCUGUGACGCCAUCUCCCUCUACAGCCUCAGCUCACUCACCUCCUCUCUCAGCUUCCUGUCCCGCCCCGAACCCGCAGGAAGUGAUGUCAUCAGCCAGCGCUCACGGCAGCAGGAGCUGGAGCGGCAUCGCGGAGGAGCGGGGUUAUUCGCCUCGCACCGACACACAGGAGGCAUGUCGAGAAACAGAUUGACAAAUCACAGAGGAGGGACAGAGGGGGAGGAACAGGAGGAGUAUGAAGGCUUCUCCAUCAUCAGCAGUGAACCUCUGGGGGGAGGAGGGGGGAGGGAGUGUGACACCUUACCCCUCCCUGGGGGAUACAGACACCUUAGAGGAGCGGGAAGGGGAGGCGUGGUGGGGAGAGGGUACCCCGUCUCAGUCUCCUCCAAGGGGAGUGUCAGCACUCCCACCUCACCGCUCAAAGUCCCCCUGCCGCCCCUGGCCAUACCCCCCAGCCCUAACACACACGCUAAGUCCCAGGGCUCUCAGACCGUGUCUAAAGGUCAGAUGGUCAGUACAGAGGCGGUGCUCUCUGAGUCUGACCAGUCCAGUACAGAGACAGACAGCACCGUCAAGUCCCAGGAAGACAAGCCUCCCCCCACCCCUCUGGACCCCCAGGAGCUGGCCAGCAGGAUCCUGUCAGAGACCCAAAGCCACAUGCAGGCUGUGGAGAGCCUCCAGAGGGGGAGGACAGGAAGGGCAGGCAACGGAGGAGGAGAGGAGGGGUUAAGGGGACCAGAACGUAGACCCUCCUGCACCUCAGCCCGCCUGACCCCCACCACAGGGGGUUUGGGCUUCCGUUCGUCUGAGACCAGCGCUUUCAGCAGACCCAGUAGUAGAGCCAGCCUACAGGCCCGGGCUUCACCUCUCUCACCACUCCCUUCCCCCCUCUCACCCCUCUCCACGCCCCUUCUCUCCACCAGGUCCAAACCACCCUCUCGUUCCUCAUCCUUACAGAAGAUCAGCUCCGGCUACAACAGCCCGACCCUAUCCUCCCGCUCUCCCUCCCUCUCUUUCUCUCACCCCAACCCCUCGCCCUCCAGAACCCCAGACCCCCACAUCCAUGCGCAGCUCAGACUUAAAUAUCCCAGCUCCCCUUACACCCCCCACAUCUCACACUCCCCCAAUAGCAUCUCCAUCUCCCCUAGCUCAGGCCACCCAUCCCCAGUCGGCAGCUUCCCAUCCUUGGCUGCAUCCCCAGUCCUCUCCCUGGCCCCUUCCCCUGCCCUCUCUUUCUCCUCCACAGGUUCCACUUCUGCCCGCUCCAGCCCGGCCGAAACCCCAGACCUGGGCCGGUUGAAACGGGCAGGCCUUGUGGACGAGAGGGUACAGGCCAUCCACAACCUGAAGACCUUCUGGUCCAACGCCACCCAGAGGCAGGAGGUUCCCGGCCCAGGCAGGGUGCUCCGAGGUGGUGGGAAGAAGAGGAGCACGGUCCAGAAAGAUGUCCGGGGGCUCCUUCACCUCUCUCCAAGACAUGGAUCCACCAACCAGAACCAGGACACUGAGGGGCCCCAGAGCCCUACCAACCCACCUGACGGACACAAAAAGCUGGUUUCAAAACCGCCAGUGGUGCUUCCUCCUCAUACUGCUACUGACUCCUUUUUGGGAGGUAGUCCCGGAGCACCCCCACACCCCGUCAGACUGCCCUCGGGAAAAGGCUUCAAGUUCCCCUCGCCUGGGAAGUUCUUCCCCUCCUCUAAAUGCUGAGAGGGGUUAGAGACUCUUAAUGGUUAGAGAUCUGCUCCUGACUCCGAGGCUCUUCUAGUGGCUUAUACUAGCUGGGCUGUGUGCUAUGAAAGGGACUGAAUUACACUAGCAAGAAGGCCAAAUGGGGACCACCAAAACUGAAGUUCCGAUUUGCAUAAGUUAAAUAGAAAGUGGGAAUGGGACACUUUGCAGUGACUGACUGCCCCCUAGUGGAGAGGAAAGGAAGGACAGAGCAGGGACAGGUCAUAAAGGAGAAGAGUGCAGUCACCCUGAAGGACAGAGGGGGACAGACUGGACUCUGUAUAACUCUGGGUUGAAAUCUGCCUGAGAUUCCUCACUGACAUGUAGUCCCCUUGCCUCCUCCUACACUGUAAAGACACUUUGAUACAGGCAGACUGUUAGAAUGACUGAAAAUACCAAUAUGGUGUUUCUAUUUUUUACCUAAAACGCUCGCUGUUUGCGAAAGUCAAUAAAAUGCUACAUGGAAUUGUUUUAAUUAUGAUUUAUUUGAAUAUAAUUAUUGUGAAUUGAUAUUACCAAGGAUCCUAACUGUUAUUAUUGUUGUUUUGUAAAUUAAAUCCUGUGCUUUGUAAUCAGUAUUACGUGUUUUUAUAUAUUAAGAAGCAAACAGUGCACAAAAAUAAAUAAAAACAUUUAAUAUUUU